AUGAAAAUUAAAUGUCUAAAAUUGCGAUAUUUAGUACCGAUAUUAAUAUUUUUGACAACAUUUAAUAUUUUAAUUGUAAUCUAUGUUCACAUAACACCCAAGUUUUAUGCGUCAAACAAAAAUAAGGCUAUUGUUAAGCCAUUAAAUAACAUUACAUACAAUUGGAUUCAUAUAAAAGCCAUACAAGAGAAACAUAGUCAACCAUAUUUGGUGAACACCUCCCGGUGCCAAAUAGUCCGGUGGCCGACAUUUGAUGCACAGGUUUGGCCAUUGUAUCAAAAUUAUACCGGUUUUGGUCUCAAUUGUCGACACGAUAUUCAAGAAUGGCUGUCCAUCGAACGGGUCAACUAUACCGGCGUUUUAGUCCAGUUUAUUCCGUCUGUGUUGGAGCCGUCGGGUGCGACAGUCAAAUGUUGGGCCAAUUCAUUAAAACGGCGCACUUAUGACGACACGUUUGUCGACUAUAUGUCACCAGACAUUGCCGUUCAAGUCAAUCAAAUUACUUAUUUCAACCAAACAACAGACGUGCGAAUCACGUGCAACGUAUUUACUCGUACAACACAUAAAAAGUUCAAAAAAAUUGUGUCACUAAUACCGGCUAAGAUACCGAAACCCCAGAAAACAAGUUUAAAAUCUUUUUUUGAUCAAUUGAUCCGAAAGCCUCCGACACUGGUAAAAGAGGUAUUGCAUAAUAGACCAGUCAGUGAUGCUAAUGGACAACCAGAUAUAGACACACUGCCAAACAUAUUGUUUGUGGGCAUUGACUCCAUAUCACGGGUCAACUUUGAUAGACAUUUCCCGUUGACCACCGAAUUGUUAGAUAAAUAUAAUUUUCAUACAUUGUAUGGUUAUAAUAAAGUAGCUGACAAUACGUUUCCCAAUUUGGUAGCCCUGUUGACCGGUUAUUAUUUAGCCGAUCUAUGGGACGACUCAAUUGCUAACUGGGUUUAUCUAAACUAUUUUCCAUUUAUUUGGAAAGACUUCAAAAAUAAGGGUUUCCGUACGAUGCUUAUGGAGGACGCGCCAGAUAUGGCUGCUUUCAAUAUGUUUAAGAUAGGCUUUUCCAAACAGCCUACCGAUUAUUAUCUGAGACCGUUUAGCAGUGCAAUAGAGGAAGAUAUCAAAUACUACUGUUAUCUGGAUAAGCCUGAAACGGAAGUCUACUUUGACUAUGUCUACGAUUUUGUUUCGGCUAUGACUGAGAGACAACAGAAAUACAUUGCCUUUACAUUUAUGGCUCGCCUAACGCACGAAGAGGUCAAUAAUGCCGGUUUAGUUGACCCCUUGAUAUCUGCAUUGUUUAACAAACUGUUUGCCGACAACAGGCAGCUCAUGAAUGAUACAGUUGUGAUAUUUUUCUCAGAUCACGGCAUCCGAUUUGGUCCGAUUAGGGCCACACUGUCGGGAAAGUUUGAAGAAAGGAUGCCAUUCAUGAACCUGUAUUUGCCCGAUAGAUAUCGGAGCAACAAUAGUAAUGUGACUAUCAAUCAGAACCGGUUGACUACACCGUUUGAUAUUCACGCAACACUCAGGCAUAUAGUGUUAGGCCGACCAGACACUGAUCUGAGAUAUGGCCGAUCAUUGCUGGAGGAGAUACCUGAGCUGAGAUCUUGUCAGUCGAUACCAAUUGAUCGGCACUGGUGUUCGUGUCAGACCAGUCAACCAAUUGCGGGAAAUUUGUCUUUAGUCAAACCAAUGGCUGAAUUUAUAGUCAACAGUAUUAACAAGUUAUUAGUCGAUGAAAACUAUGGCAACAAAUGUGCAGAACUUUGGUUAAACACAACAGUCUCUGCAUAUGAACAACAUUUUGACGACAAAGUCAGUAUCGGUGCAAACAUUGAGACACUAGCUAUCAGACAGUUUAGUUUGACAAUUGUAGUCAAUCCAAGUCAGGCAUUACUGGAGGCGACCAUCAGUUUGAAUCAAAAUAGCAAACAAAUGUCACUGAAUGGCGAAGUGUCGCGAAUUAAYAAAUAUGUCAAUCAAUCCGAUUUUAUUAGUAAUUAA